CGAGCGGGCGACUCGACUGCGCGGUCGCAUUCCGCCCCGACUUCCCCUCCGCCAGCGGCCUGCUCGCUUUGAGAUGAGCUGAAGAUGUCGGUUUCGGGGCUGAAGGCCGAACUGAAGUUUCUGGAGUCAAUCUUUGACCCAAACCACGAGCGAUUCCGAAUAAUAGACUGGAAACCCGACGAGCUGAGUUGUCAGUUCAACGUAACGAGAGAGAAGCUGCUGAUCAUCCACUGCAACAUCACGGAGUCCUACCCCUCAACACCACCCAUAUGGUUUGUGGACUCGGAUGAUCCUAGUCUGGCUGAAGUGUUGGAGCGCCUGGAGGAUGUGAGGAAAGGCAGCACGUUGCUUCUUCAGCAGCUGAAGCGCCUCAUUUGUGACCUCUGUCGUCUUUAUAACCUGCCACAACAUCCAGAUGUGGAAAUGCUGGACCAGCCUCUACCUGCUGGCCCAAUUACCCAGGAGCGAAAGCAUGGGCCAUCGGAUGAGGUGACGUCUGAAGAGGAGGAGGAGGAAGAAAUGGGAGAGCAGGACAUAGACUUGGACCAAGACCUGGACCAUUACGACAUGAAAGAAGAGGAACCAGCAGAAGGCAAAAAGUCAGAAGAUGAUGGAAUAGAGAAAGAAAAUCUGGCCGUCUUGGAAAAAAUACGUAAAAACCAGAGACAAGACCACUUGAACGGUGCUGUCUCCGGUUCAGUGCAAGCCUCAGAUCGUCUAAUGAAGGAGCUCAGGGAGAUCUACAGGUCACAGAGUUACAAGACAGGUAUUUAUUCAGUGGAACUAGUCAAUGACAGCCUUUAUGAGUGGCACGUCAAGUUAAAGAAGGUAGACCCAGAUAGUCCGUUACAUAGUGACCUGCAGGUUUUAAAAGAAAAAGAAGGAGUGGAGUUCAUUCUGCUCAAUUUCUUUUAUAAAGAUAAUUUUCCUUUCGACCCACCUUUUGUACGGGUCGUCUCACCUGUGCUCUCUGGAGGGUAUGUGCUGGGAGGAGGAGCCUUGUGCAUGGAACUUCUCACAAAACAGGGCUGGAGCAGUGCCUAUUCAAUAGAAUCUGUCAUUAUGCAGAUAAAUGCAACUCUGGUUAAAGGCAAAGCCAGGGUGCAGUUUGGAGCCAAUAAGAAUCAGUACAAUCUUGCCAGAGCACAACAGUCGUACAAAUCCCUGGUGCAGAUUCACGAAAAGAACGGCUGGUACACACCUCCCAAAGAAGACGGGUAAGGAGCUGCCUCCACUUUGCACUGGGAACACGUCUUUGGGUCAUCUUGUUUUCUUCGGAAUAUUUUCUCCUCCCCACUGGGAAUACAUCGUCUUUCUCACGGAAACAUCUCGCUGGCUUCUCCCCAGCACUGUCGCUCGGCUCCAGGAAAGACUCAACUCUGGUCUCACUUCGCCCCGAACGUGAGGGUAACACUUGUUGUCCUGUUUUUCUUUAAAAAAAAAAAAAAAAAGCUUGUUGGUCUUUUUUUGGAACAAGAAGGAAAGAACACAAACAGAUUUUCUACCCUGUAGAUGUGGGGAAAUCCUUGUUGUUUAGCUGCUCCGACACAGUGACCCCCGCGGUCAGGUUUCCCCUCGUUUCAUGGGAAUUUUAAAGGAUCCAUACUGAAGCUCUUGAAAAGGCACCCCCGUUGCACCUGCUUUUAAUUGACUGUGAUUUUUUUUUUUCUUUAAAACUGAACAGGUACAUAAAUGCAUAUAUGAGACAUUUUGUUUGAUUUUGUUGUUGUUAUUUGAACAUCCAA